AUGGCUGCGGUGGAGCGGACCCCGGUCAGGGAAGGGAUCCGGAUAGUUUCUCUGUGUGCGUGCUGGUACACGGUCAGCUCGGGGGGCAAUGUCAUCAACAAAAUCAUCCUGAACGGGUUCCCGUACCCGGUCACCGUGUCUCUGUUCCACAUCAUCUCCAUCGUCGUCUUCCUCCCUCCGCUCUUGCGGGCAUGGGGAGUCCCCAAAACAGAACUGCCGAGCAGGUACUACCGGUGGUACAUCUUGCCUUUAGCUUUCGGGAAAUACUUCGCAUCAGUGUCGGCGCACUUCAGCAUAUGGAAAGUACCGGUUUCAUACGCACACACGGUCAAAGCCACAAUGCCAAUAUGGGUUGUGCUGUUAUCAAGAAUUAUCAUGAGAGAGAAGCAAACCACAAAGGUGUACACAUCACUCAUCCCCAUCAUUGGUGGAGUGCUGCUGGCCACGGCGACGGAGAUGUCGUUUCAUGUUUCAGGAUUAAUCAGUGCUCUGGCUGCCACGCUCUGCUUCUCUCUGCAGAACAUCUUCUCCAAAAAGGUGCUGCGCGACACACGGGUCCACCACCUGAGGCUUCUCAACAUCCUGGGCUUUAAUGCCGUGAUCUUCAUGCUGCCCACCUGGGUUCUGGUGGAUCUCUCUGUGUUUCUUGUGAACGGAGACCUGUCAGACAUCUCAGGAUGGAGUGGUACCUUUGUCCUCCUCCUCAUUAGUGGCUUCUGCAACUUCGCCCAGAACGUUAUCGCCUUUAGCGUGCUCAACCUCGUCAGCCCGCUCAGCUACGCAGUCGCCAACGCCACCAAGAGGAUCAUGGUCAUCAGCAUAUCACUGCUAAUGUUGCGCAACCCCGUCAGCCUCACUAACAUCUUGGGCAUGAUGACGGCCAUAGUUGGGGUCUUCCUCUACAAUAAGGCCAAGUAUGACGCAAACAAGCAGAAGAAGCUGCUGCCAAGCUCCAAGCAGGACCUGACGUCCUUUGACAACCCAGCGCUGGAAAAGAUCCAGGCCAACGGUUCAGUGCCUUUCUCCCACGGCUCAGAACAGCAGCAGCAGCACAACUGGAACAACGUGCUGACCGACCACUUUCAGUACAGCCGACAGACCUACACGACAAACCACAGCAGCAACCAGCAGUACGUGGUGUAACGCAGGAGUCUGUGCUCGCCCCGGGUCGCUGUCAUAGACAUCACUCUGUAUAGCCGGCCCCACCCCCACCGCUGCAGCGGGUCAUCUCUGCCCCACUUCACACUUGAAAGUGAAGGCAAGUGCCAUUUGUUCUGAACGAGGAGGAAAGAGUUGGUGUUGAUUGCCCAGUGACCUGACCUCUCCCAUGCUCCUCCCUGUCUAAACUUCACUUUCCGACAGCUUCAUUUUGUCACUGUCUGUUUAUUUUUUAGUUCUCACUGUAUGGGAUAGGUUGAGAAAGAACAAAACUUGUAUCUUUAAUUUUCAGACAUUUAGGUUAAAAAGAAUCCAGGUGGUUGAUCAGGGAUUUACACCUCACUGUUUGGAAAUGUUUGAGUUUUGUUUUUCAAAAACAGCCAUACAGUGUUUGUUUUUUAUUAGAGGAAGAGAUGUCAGCUGUAAUUAUUAACUCUGAACAUGCACCCAUAUUUCAGUGGAUCACAAUUCAGUGAACUGCCUUAGCAUUUCUGAUUUUUAGGUAUUUCAUGUUAAUGAUUGUCCUUUUUCUUCAUGAGGCAUUUGUCAUGAUGUGAGGAGAAACCAAUUAUUUGCUGAGUCCAAAGUCUUCUGAGGCAGGUGGGAUUUGUUUGUGGACUGUGGAGGAUUUAAAAAAAAAAAGAAAAAGUUGGAUGCAAUGUCAGUUUAGUGCUUUGGCUUAGACUGAAAUAACUCAACAAUUACGCAUACCUCCACCAAGACCCACUAGUACCCUUAGAUUCAGUCAAGCAGCACCAAAUUGCACACACCUGUAAAUAUAAGUUCCAUAAAUAUGCCUGAUGUUUUUAUCAAGAUCCAUUAUUUCUUCAGAAAAAACGUGAAAAAUAUUCCUGGAUCUGCAUCAAAAUUUACUUCUCCUUCUUUCGUACUACACCACCAAGUUUUCUUGGAAAUCCGUCCAGUACUUUGUUGUGUCUUCCGUGUUACUACCAGACAAACACAUGCAGACGAACACAUAAUCUCCUUGGUAACUAUUAGACGAGUUUCUGGUGAAUUUUGAAUUCUUGAUCCUCAGAGGAUGAAUCCCACUCACUUUGAUGUUCUUCUGACUUGUCUUGUCGCUGCCGUCAGUUAAAAUUUUUAAUUUGUUUCAUGCUUUGGUUUAUUAAUGAUUAAAAAUCCUGAAAACUAAUGACAUUCCCGUCAGCCUGCUCUCGACCUUUAUUAGUGCUGAUUAGAAAUUGCUGAGAAACUUACUGAGCUGUAAAACAAGAUCUGCUCUUGCUUAACACAGUGGUACAAAAAUACCUGAUGAGGAAAAACGCCCAAAUUUCCCCCCCAAAAAAAAGGUCAUUUUAAACUUGUCACUCAGGCAGCAGAUGUUGUGACGGCCACUGUUGAACACCUAAGUUUGUGAAAUGGAUUUACAAAACAAAACACAAGGGCUGGACGAUAUGGCCACAAAUUACAUCAAGAUAAAAACUUUCAUAUCAAAACAUAUCGAUAAUUAUCACGAUAAUUUCACCGUCUUUAAGUUUAAAGAAGUGAGAGAAAGUUUUUUUUAACUACUUUAUGAGCAGAGAAUGACAAGCACUGGAUUAACAGCGAAACAUUUUAUAAAUCUGAUGUUAAUCAAAUACUUUUCGCUUUGCUUUGAACAAUGCAUGAGC